UUCCAUUCUCUGUGUUUGUUGUUACACAGACAGAGAAGAAGGCAAGCAUGUAUGAAGUAGAUGAGUGUGGAGACUAACUUUUUUCAAAUUUUUUGCAAACAAUUCGGUUUCUCAAGAUGUCGAUGGAAGAUCCGUUUUUCGUCGUUAAAGGGGAGGUACAGAAAGCCGUAAACACAGCACAAGGCCUGCAUCAGCGAUGGAGCGAGCUUUUACAGGACCCUGGUGGUGUUUCCAAGGAGGAGGUUGACUGGACCACCAAUGAACUGAGGAAUAGCCUGAGGUCUAUUGAAUGGGACUUGGAAGACCUUGAUGAGACAAUCAGUAUUGUUGAAUCCAACCCUAAGAAAUUCAACUUGGAUGCUCUGGAAAUGACUAAACGUAAAGCUUUCAUCACAAGCACCAGACAAACUGUUAAGGAAAUGAAAGAACACAUGUCCAGUCCAACGGCUUUGGCCAUGACAGACAGGAAAAACCGCCAGGCUCUUUUAGGGAACAGUGGAUCUCAGGGUCCAAUCUGGCAACCAGAGUCCGACAAAUACACACGUCUGGACGGAGAACUCCAAACCGCAAACUCCCAAUUCUUAGAUGAACAACAAACUCAACAACAGCUCAUUGCAGAGAAGCAGGACGAGCACCUGGAGCUGGUCUCUGGGACCAUUGGGGUGUUGAAGAACAUGUCUGAGAGGAUCGGCAUGGAACUUGACGAACAGGCCGUGAUGCUAGAUGAUUUUGGAAAUGAGAUGGACAGCACUCAUUCCAGACUGGAUAGUGUAAUGAAGAAGCUGGCAAAGGUUUCCCACAUGACGAGUGAUCGGCGACAGUGGUGUGCUAUUGGUAUCCUGCUUGCCGUUUUGUUAGUCAUCCUCAUGCUCUUCUUUAUUCUGUGAUGUACUAGCUACCAUAAUUCCAUUCCCACAAACAGAAACUCGCUUAUCUUAAACAAACAAUGAUUGUCCAGAUGAGACCACACCCCCUACCAAAACAUCCACCUCUGUCAAUUCUAUGGCCUGAAUUCAAAACUCAAGUUGAAACGUGAAUAUAGACAGGUUUGCAAAUUUUAAUACAGAAAUAAUCAGGAUCCCCCAUAUCUUGAUACUUUUUCACUCUUUGAAACUUUGAAUUUGAAUGUCUAUGAGAAUUCAGCCAUAGUCUGGAGUCCUGGUCUGUGACAGACUUUGUAUGGGAUACUUGGUUGACUAAAUGACAAGUAACAAACAGACUUUGUAUGGGACACUUGGUUGACUAAAUGACAAGUAACAAACCUGAGUAAUUUGUACCCUGUAAUGUGCAUUAAUAUGCAAAUUAGAUACUUCUGUAUUUACGUUUUUUUUCAUUUCAGAAGGUUUUUACUUUGUAAACAUGAGGUAUUGUAUACAGAUGGUGAGAACAGGUUGUUUAUUUCAUUUUUUUAUUUUAUUCAGACAAGGUGAACUUUUUUUUCUUGACUCAAGAGGCACUGCAAGUGUAGAGUUAAAUGCACUAUUUUCACUGUCUUGGCCAUCUUCUUACAAUACUAAAUCAAAAGAUGCAUGUGCUAUUAUGCAUACAGACAUCAAGGACUUGGGUCCUUCUGAAAUUGAAUUGGCUCUUAAAUUCCUGGAAACUAUUUUGAAUAAGGUUUACGUCACCAGGCUGGAAAAGGGUGCUUGCAAACCUCGUGGUAUUUUAUUAUUACUGUGUGGAAAAACUAGUACAACUCAUAAUGACCUAAUAAUACUUAAAAGACAUUGUCUGACAUUUCAUUUUCAAUGAAAAGUGUUUUGGGCUACCCUCUUCAUUGUUAUUUAAUGUUGUCUUGUACACUGACUGCUGAAUACCUGGUUAAAUAUAACGACUACUGUCAAUUGUAACAAUGAUGUUAGUGGUGUACAGUGAACUUUGAAGCAGUUCCUAGUAAGAAAAAUACAAUUUAUUUCUAGGCAUGUAUACAGUAUGACUGCUAGCACUAAAACUGGUAGACUAUUUAUAUUUAUUUAUCUAUGUUCUUUCAUUGUUAUUUUACUGACUUACUGUUGCAUCAUAAUUUUACGUAACACCACCAAGGCAAUCAUCAUUAUUACUGUAUAUUAUUUACAAUUUAACAGUAACUGGUGUGUCGUGUCUGCUACAUUGCCAUAGGGCAAAACACAGUAACAAUUUAAAGCAAUUGAACUUUAAACUAACAUAACAUUUACCUUGCAUAGAGCCACUCCAAACUUGGCAACACACUUGGAAUUAACACAUUGCAUUUGUUUUCAACACUAACUUCACUUGUUAUUGUACCUAUAAGCACAUAAAUCAUAAGAGAACCCAACUCCAUGGUUUCGCUGUACUUGUUUGAAAAUAUGACUAACCGAGUAUUAUUAUUUCCAAACUGUAUACUCUGACUGUCCUAAUAUUAACAACAUUUGUUUACUGCAGUAAAGACUAGCAAUACAAGCUCAUGUGUCAGAAUGUAUCAGUUGACGCAUCUAUAACAUUCCACAACAACAAUGCAAGUAUUCUUUAUAAUUGUCAGUCUCUCGCUCUACUAUCAUGUCUGGUUUCCUUUUCAGUAUUGAAUGUCAGUUCCCAGGGAAACUCAUUAUGAAUAUACACAUUAAUAAGGAAUAAACUGAAUAUCUAAACACACUGACUUAAUCAUAACUGUUUGUAACUGUGAAAAAUAAAUAGCCAGGGCUUUAGGCUAAGCUGUGACACGAGGGCUGGAAUGAUUGACUUUUAAAUUUGGCCUCAUAAAAUGUACACCAUAUUAAAGUUUAAAAAAAAUACACUUUUAAGUAUUGCAGUAUUGUAACAUGUAGGUAGGAAUUACGAAAUACUUUGAAACCCCAACCGUCUAAAAAUAGUUAAAAAAAAGAAAUCUCCUCUCACCUCACAACUUUUUUGCUGUAAUAGAGCUGAAAUUGUAGUUGAAAUUUAUAGAAUUUUCAAGUUUACACAUAUUGCUCACCUAUACCAUCUUUUUUAUUUAAAAAAAUGUGGGCCUAAAAUAACAGACCCUAAAUAGGGCUACAAGUAUUAAUCAAUCUGGUACCUACAGAAACCUAACACCUGUGAGAUUGUGACUAAAGUAUUGGAAAAGUGGAUAUUACUGAGCGAUAUGAUAAACCACAAAAUAUUAUGCCAAUAUGUGAGUUCCACGAAUCAAAAAUUACGUUGAAGAUACUAUUUCAUACAGUCUGAGCAACCAAAGAUGUCAUUAGAGUAAUGGUACACCUUCACACCUGAACAUUUCCAAAGUGGAUUGUAAUCCAGUGAGAAAUAAAGUUAUGAAAUAUAUUCAUAGGUGAUCUAUUUAUGGAGGGAUCUUAUAAGACACUACAGGAGAUGUAAUGAGACACUACAGGAGAUGUUAUGAGACACUACAGGAGAUGUUAUGAGACACUACAGGAGUGUUUGAUGUUGACUCAUUGUGCAUCUCACACUUACAAAAGGGACAUUACCUGUGCUAAUGCUAAGGCGAGUGCUUAGCCUGUUGUUUUCCUGUGAUAUGCUGUGCAACGUAGGGAUCAACAAUUUAAAAAGAUACGUCUCUUGUAGGGAUACAUGGCUUGCAGGGGUUAAUUGAUUAGAAGGGCACUCAAAUAUAUAUAUAUAUAUAUAAAUUGCCUGCUGGUGAACUUUAGGUAGAAGAGGUUUAAAAGAACACAACGCUGCACAUAGGAACUAUGUAUUAGCUCAAAUAUCAGUCUGUAUGUUAAGCGGUGUGUCUCUACAGAUAGGGAUCUAUUAUUGUAAUCUUACAAACAUACAAUUCACAUUUCACAAUCAAGUUAUAUUAUGUAUGUGUGUGUGAAUAUUGUUUGGUGUUUUGUCCAUGCUUUGGGGUGUGUUAGAGUGCUACUGUUGUACCCGGCAAAUCAUCCUGUUGCUUUUUGUCCCUUGAUUGUCUGUUGUUUAUUAGCUGUACUAACUAAUAAGCCCUAGAGUUGAAACUGAAAAACCUGAUUCAGCUCAUUUAAUUAAAAUAAUGAAAUAUGU